AUGGACUCUCUCCUGCAGUCGCUCCCGCAGUCGCCGCUCAGCCAUCAGUUCCGCCCGAACCUGGUCUCCCGGGUCCUCACCUCGACCCUCGGACGGUAUGUGGAGGACCUCGACCCGGAACACCUACGGGUUCAUGUCUACGCUGGACAGGUCUCGCUCGACGACCUGACGCUAAAGACCUCGGCCCUCGACGCCCUUGGCCUACCGCUGGUCCUCCUCCACGGCUCGAUCGGUCGACUCGAGCUCAACAUCCCCUGGGGCGCCACGCUUUGGACUUCACCGGUGACACUGGUCCUCAAGGACGUUUUCGUCCUCUGCGGGCCCAAGGCUCAGAUGGACUACGAUGAGGACGCAGAGGCUGCCGCGUCACUGCGCGCCAAGCGCGAGACGCUCAACGCGCUCGACGCCGCCGCUGCAGCCGCCGCCGCAGACGCCGCAGACGCCGCAGACCCAGCAUCGGCUGGCUUCAUGUCCUCGCUCGUCACCAAGGUCCUCGACAACAUUCAGAUUCGCGUCGAAAACGUCCACAUCCGCUACGAGGAUGCCGUCUCGCGGCCAGGCGCUCCGCGCCUCUCCGCCGGUCUCACGCUCAAGUCGGUCGCCAUCGAGUCGACUAACGGCACUUGGGAGCCGUCUUUCAUUUCGGACCAGUCGUCGACCUUCUUCCACAAGCUCGCCUCACUCACCUCGCUUGCCCUCUACCUCAAUCCCGACGAUGAGCUGAGCCUCGCCGACAUGCCACCCGGCCCGCGCGCAUCUGCCUUCCUCGACCUCAUCCACAGCCCAUCACGCGCUGCCCCGCGCCCGUCCACACCGACUGCAGCCGUCGCAGCUUCAGGGCUCUCGCCCUCUCUCCUCCACUGGGUCCUCGUUCCCACCAACGCCGUGGCCAAGGCCCGCGUCAAGCGCAUCGAGCGCUACCAGGGUCAGCCCAAGCUCACCCUCGACUUUCGUACAGACCCCAUCAGCCUCCAUCUCACGCGCGCCCAGUACGUGGCCCUCAUGGAGGUCACCGACGCCUUCUCCACCUACACACGGACCGCAAAGUAUCGUAAGUUCCGCCCGCGCCGCGGGCUCCGGCCCUCCACCCACCCGCGUGCCUGGUGGCACUAUGCCAUCCGUUCUGUCGUCAAGGACGUCGCCGAUCGCAACUCGCGCCUCACGCUGGCCUACCUCGUCCAGCGCCGUCACGACCGCAUUGCAUACGUCGCGCUCCACAAGGCCCGCGUCUAUGCAAGCUCAGGCACCGGCCUGCCGCUCGACCCCGAAGAGCUCGACGAGCUCGACGAGCUCGAGUCUCGCCUCUCGCUCAACGACCUGCGCUUCUUCCGCUCGCUCGCAAGGGCAGAGCUCCGCGCAGAGGCGGAACAGCUUGCCGCAGCACAGGCCGCACAGGGCUCGUGGGUCACCUCCAUCUCGUCGUGGUUUGGCCUCGGUUCGGCUGCUGCCGCUCGUCCUAUCACCAGCUCGCGCGCAAACUCGGCGCCCGGCGCCCCGCCGCUCCCGCAGCACACAGACAACCAGCUGUUUCGGGCCAUUGACUACGACGAGGCCGCCGCCGCCGCUCACACCGCUGCCGACGUCGCCCACGACUACGUGGCCACCAAGCUCACCCUCACUCUGCCCUCGCUCUCGCUUGCCCUCUCUCACGACCGCCGAGACAUGCUCUCGGUUGCCGUUGAGGGCCUGUUCCUCGACUAUCGCGCCCGAGCUCAGCCAGAUUCGUACCUACUCCACGCUACACUCUACUCGAUCGUGGUCACAGACCCUGCUGCUGCCACCUCGCGCUUCUCAGGCCUCGUCGCUCCCCGCAAGUUUGCUGCCUCGGGUUCGGGCUCGGCAGCUCGCUCGCUCUCAACUCUCUCAGCGCGCUCGACACGGAGCGACACAGACUUUCAGAUCAUGUCGCUGACUCUGGAGAAGAACCCGAUUGCCUCCAACGAUGUCGACUGGUCGCUCGCCGUCUUUACCGAAGACCUCGAGCUUCUCUACUCUCCAGAUGCGCUUCGCCGCGUCGCUGCCUUUGCGGCCCUUCCGCACCAGCUCGUUGUCCUCGAAAAGGUUCGCGCCUCGUACGACCAGUCCAUCGCCGAGCUAAGAACUGCAGCCCAGGACUCGCUCGCGGCCGCCCUCGCCACACACCUCCGCCUCGACCUCCAUCUCAACAUCAAGGCCCCCCACAUCGUCAUCCCUUGUAAUCGCAGGCCCGACGCUCCCGCCCUUGUCAUCGACCUUGGCAGGCUGCAUCUCAAGUCGGACCUGUCGUCAUCGUCGAGCUCGGCCAUUGGUAUCCCCACCCCGCCACCGGCACCACCGUCGCCGCGCCGUGGUCAUGUCACCCCGCCAGCCUCGCCGCGGUCGGCAGCGAACUCGCCCGCCCCACCGUCAUACGAGACCUACCGACUUCGCCUCCGCGCCUUGCAAGUCAUGCUCGUCCCGCUUCACCUCGCCGGCUCGAGCCACGCAGGAGCAACGCCGGCCGGGCCUGGCGUCGCGGGCCAGCUUGUCGAAAAGUUCGAUAUCAACGUCACCAUCCAGUCGUGCAUGCUGGCGAGGACCCAGUUGCCGCAGACCGUCGUCGACGCCUCGCUGCCGCGCCUCGCCCUCGUCCUCACCUCGCUCGACUACUUUAAUCUCAACAACGUGCUCGACACUCUCACCGAGCCCAUUGCGCCGCCACCGCCUCCAAGCUCGCUGGACGAUCCUGCCGCAGAGCCACUUCUUUCGCCACUCCUCGACCUCGACGAAGAGCUCCCGGUUGAGUUGCCCGAGCCAACGCCUGCAGCGCGCAAGACUGCCCUAGUCACUCCACCAUCGUCCCCGUCGCGCUCGCGCCGAUCAUCGGUCAUGUCGCCCGACCUCGCGAAUCGGUCCUCGCUCGUAGCCCGCUUCGAGAUCCAGUCCCUGGCCCUCACGCUCGCCGCAGGCUCACCGUCGGGCCCCAGACCCAUCAUUGUUGUCGACCUGUCGUCGCUCUCAGUCGCGUAUGACACUCGACCGUACGACACUAGCAUUGCGCUCACGCUCUCGGCGCUCGAGAUCCACGACGCACUCGCGUCGUCUCCGCACCGCACCCUUGCCUCGUCGCGCCCAUCCAAGGCUGUCCAUGGCAUCUCGUCACUUGCCAAUGUCUCGUUUGACGUCUCAGAGCGCUACGAGUCCGACGAAGUCCAUCUCAUUCACAUCGAGGUGACGCUCGUUGAUCCCAAGGCUCCACACUUUGCCGCUGUCCACGGCUCGUAUGCCACCUCGGUCGACCUCUCGUUCAAUCAGCUCCAUCUCUCGCUCAAUCCGGCCACGCUUGCUGCACUUCUCGACUUUGUCAACCUCGGCUCUGUCGCCGCGCCGGCUGCUGGCGAUGAGCAAGGGGAGCCAAGCGAGGCUGGCGAGACCGUCGAGCUAGCUGACGAACCAGCCACGGCAAACGAGCCUCCGUCGCGAGCGAGCGCUGCAGCCACUCCUGCCACCAUUCGGGUCGCUGCUCACAUGGAAGCACUCACGCUCCGCCUCAACACCCGCGACGCUACCUUUGUCUCGGUCGCUGUCCUCUCAUCCGCCAUGCGGUACGAGGUGACGCCGUCAACCACAUCGAUUCACGCUUCGCUCGGCGACCUCGCUCUUGUCGACAACUCGAUUCCUGGCCGGCGUUGGCGCCGCAUUCUCGAGGGCGCGGCCGCCACUGUGGGCGCGCCUGCGCUCAUCGAGGCAUCGUACGUGGCUUCGACGGCUGAUCCAGACUCACCCGACCUCGCGCCCGACAUCGAAGUCACCCUCGCGGUCCGGCCCAUCCGCUUUGUCUUUCUCCAGCGGUUUGUGGCUUCCGCCGAAGCCUACCACGAGCGGUAUCUGGCGCCGCUGCUCGAAGCCGCCGCUGGCCCGUCGUCGGCCGGCUCAUCAUCGUCGAUGUCGCGCUCACGGGCGUCCGGCUCGGUAUCCGCGCGCUCGUCAGCGGCGUCUGCAAGUCUCGCGCUUCCCGUGGCCCGCGCCCGUGCGCGGGCCAAGCGCGACAAGCGAUUUACGCCGCCGCCCAAGCUCAAGCUCGACAUUGUCGUCCAAUCGCCGACACUGGUCAUGCCGCGGUCGUCGCACGGCAAAGCCCACAUUGUUGCCGAUCUGGGCCGAAUUACCGUCAGCAACUCGCUCAAGCCUUCGUCGUCGCGGCUCCUGCUCGACACCUGGCGGCUGGCCAUUUCGAACAUGCACCUCACCUCGGUGGCACUCGACGAGCCGCUUCGCAUCAUCGAGUCGAUAGACAUUGCGCUCGCGGCUUCACGACCGCUCCCGCUCGACGCUGCCGGUGCUAGGGCUGCUGCCCAGAUGCCAGCCUUUGACAUUGAGGGCUCGUCCGACCCUAUCCAGCUGACCAUCAUUAAGCCGCAGUACGACCUCGUUCUUGCUGUCCUCACUGACAACCUCGCAGAGGGGCCGUCGACCACGCUCUUUCCAGACGAGAACUCGAUCGCCGCCCGUGUCGCCCACUCGCGUGUCAACCGCAACGUCUCCAUCUCGCUGCCGUCGGUCAACUCAUUUGGCGGCGGCUCAGGCUCCGAACCGACCGCCGCCCGCGCUGCAGGCAGGUCCGGCCCCGCUCCUGCGGGUGCCCCUGCCAUUGGUUACGUCGCUCGUUUCACCAUGCCGGAGCUGACGCUCACGCUAGCGGCCGCCUCGCGCAAGGAACGCAUUAUCUCACUCACCCUCUCGUCCUUUGUGGUCUCGGCAUCGGCGACCGCUACAGCGUCCAAGCUCACCCUCUCGCUCCGCGCGCUCACCAUUGCUGAUCACGUUAAGGCUGCCGCCCUCGAGACCGGCCAAGACUACUUUGUGGCGUCAUCGCUGGUGGCGCAGUCUCCGACUCGAGCGCAGAGCUCGCUCGGCUCCGGCUCGGACCUGGUCAACAUCAAGGUGACAACCGCGGCCGCUGACGACCCCGAUUUUGACAGCCUUUAUGACGCUACGCUCACCCACGUCGAGCUCUACUUUUCGCAACUCGCGCUAAGCCUCAACCCGCCAGUCGUGGCUGCGCUCGUUGCCUUUGCCGCUACACCGUCCCGAAGCAGCCCGAGUCGCCCGCCGGCGGUGCCUCGGCGUCGCUCUGUCGUCGUUGGCUCUGACCAGACGGCUUCCGACGACGACUCAAAUGUCUCGUCCACAGAGACCAUGUACUCGGACGACGACGACCACACACCAGGAGGUGCCGAGUCCGACGGCGGCGCCGUCGGGCGCGACACUCGGGUCCGUCGCAAGCUGGCAGUCUCGGCCAAGCUUGAUCUCCUCACCGUUUGCGUCGACGGUGACGGCUACGCACCGCUCACCGAGGCACGCCUGGGUAGCGCCCGCGGGGCGUACGCCGAGCUCUCUGCCGGUGAGCUGGUUGUCGACGGCUCGGUCGGCGAGCUUGCUCUCUUCAACACAACGACGACCGCAGGCCUCUUUCGCAAGAUUGUUUUCGUCCGCGGCGACGACGCUGUCACCUUUGGCCUACAGACCCACAUGGUCCAUGGCCUGCCGGCAACCACGAUUACGGUCACCGGUGGCAAAGUCAACAUUGUGGUCAUCAACUCGUUUGUGCAAGCGCUGUCCACAGCGCUGUCGUCGGCGUAUCUGCCUGCGCUCACACCGCCACAAGUCGACAGCCUUGCCGGGCCGUCGCCGCACACGUCGUUUGGCCACCUCACACCAGCCACCUCGCCACAUGGCGCUGACACAUCGAUGCCCGAGUUCCUAGCCGACGGGCUCGACGAAACCGAUCUUGACGUUGCCGAGGCCUCGCUCUCGACAGUCAACUCGGUCGAAAGCUGCGACGGCUCACUCGCAUCCAGCUCGUCGAGCGCCACAGCUUGGGCAGCAGUCGAGAGGGUGGAGGGCGGCGGCCGAUCGGACGUCGUCGACGAGGAUGACGUUGCUUUGGCUCCUUCCGCCGUGCACGCCCUCCCCUCGCUCACACUUGUCUCGCUCAAGCUCACUUCGCCGACAGUUAUUGUCCCGCGAUCAGCUGCGUCGAACGAAGUCAUUCUCCUUGACCUUGGAGAAAUCACUGUCGGCAGCAAGGUCGAGGUUAAGUACGCCAGUGAGGCCGGCGACGUUGCUGGAGUGCAGAGGACGUCGGACAUUGCGGCGGUCACCUCGUACAUGACAGUCGCGUUUUCCAAGGUCAACAUCCAAGGUGGCGCCGCUGGCAAGCUCACCCGUCAGCUAGUUGCCAAUCUGGAUGUGAGCGUGGCGCUGACAUCGCCGCUCUACGACCCAUCGUCGGCGCAGCUGCCGCCGGCGCAUCUUUGUGCCACGCUUGGUGACGUCAAGGUCACCAUUGCGCGCGCCGAGUACGCGCUAAUCAUGGCAGUUCUCUCGGAGAACUUUGGCAGCUCCCCGCCUUCGCCGUCGUCUGGAACGGCGUCAUCGGUGGGACUGAACACGGGGCCGAGCGGCGAUGGGCAUCCUGCCGCUACGGGUCCACCUGGUCGGACUGAUGCGUCGAACCGGUCCGACACGGGCGCUACAGCUGAUGUGAGCAAGCCCGAUGCUUUGGCGAUGGUGGGCGAACUGAGCCUCAACCUUGUCUCGCUCGAGGUCUUCCGGGACGAGUCGGAGCUAGGAGCAGCCCGGUGUGACGACGCUGCGCUCUCGAUUCUCGCACUGGCCAUCAACCAGACUGCCGCCCAUUUCGAGAGCCGAACCUCUGGCGCUGCGUCGGCCAAGGUUUCGGUCCGGUCAAUCGAGGUCCGCGACACCCGCGCUGACGCCGAUUCGAAGCACCGCGCACUCAUUGCGCCCGGAGCGCAGGAUGAGGAUGCGCCGCCCGAACUCACGCUUGCGGUCUCGUCGACGCCCGGCAUCGGCACGACGAUUGGUGUCGAGCUCGACGGGGCACGCAUCACGAUUGUGCCCGACGCCAUUCUUGCCUUUGCAAUGUUUUUCGCCUACGUGCCAGACGCCGACGGCGAGGCGCCGGGGACCACCACUUCUGGCAGCGGUACCAAUGCCGCGAAUGCGAGAGAGCGGAGUGAGGUCGUCGAGCGUACGAGCCGGGCCGUAGCGUCGGGUGCCGAGCCGCGGUCAAUGACGCAGAGGCUGCGUCGACAGGCGCGCGAUGGCUAUGUGCGCGACACUUCUGGAAGCGCUACCACUCGCCGGAUCGACUCGCGGUCGCUGUCGGGCAUGGGACUCCCGCCGCCGUCACCGAGCAUAGGCGGUGCCAGUGGCCAGGCAUACAAGCCAGAGGAGGCAGAGGUGGUCACUUCGCCGAGCGUAGCACUCUGUGGCGCUCGCGCUGGCGCUGCGACGUGGCGCGCUGCUGCGGUUUGCAUCACGGACAACCGCCACGGGCACAUGGGCAACAUGCAAGUUGCGGGUUCGGGGCUGGAGGCGUUUGUGACACGGAUGGGUAAGGCCCACUCUUCAGAGACCUCGAUGGUCUCGCCGUUUGAUAUCAACGCGGCAUAUCGCGACCGUGGCCGGUCAGUGCGGGUCGAGCUGGCCUUUCCGCGUGCAGUGGACGUGCGGCUGACGGCACGAGAGCUGCGGACGUGCAUGACGCUCGUGAACCAGCUCGCGAGUUUGGGCGGGGCGAGCAAGGACAGCUCGCCAGUGUCGACUGAGGUGGAAGCCCCGGUGCCGACUCCUGCCCGUAUCCGACGAGUUGAAGAGGCAAGGUUGGCACUGGUCUCGGCUUCAUUCAAGCUCGUUGACGAUGCUGGAUCGCGGUGUCGCGACAUUGUGGAGAUUGUAGCGAGUGAUGUCGAAGUGGUUGCCGACUCGUGGACUCGCGGACUCAACGUGCAUGGCUCGGGCGUGAUUUCGGCGGAGCACUUCAACUCGCUUGUUGCCGAGUGGGAGCCGCUUGUGGAGCGGUGGGCGUUUGAGGUCGAGUGCCACAUGCGGUCUCAACCGUCGUCGCGGUUUGUGCGCCUUUUUGCAGGUGCGCCGCUCUUGAUCACGAUCUCGCCAAGCGGCAUGGAGGCGAUUCAAGCUGCUGCCGCACUUGCGUCCGGCGCUGGAAGCGAGAGCGCCGACGCAGAGCCGAGCGCGCUCAUUGCGUCCGGCUUUGCACCGUAUGCGGUCCGCAACCUGUCGGGCCACGCUGUUCGGGUCUGGGUGCGGGCGUCGGACCACGCGCUCGACCUGGAGCAUGGGGCGUCGCUGCAGUUCCGGUUCCCGGUGACGCGGCAUCGGGCGCGGCGAUGCGUGGCGCUGCAGGUGGCCGGCGGGUGGAGCAGGGUGGAGGGCGUGGACAUCGACUCGGUCGGGGUCCGCGCGUACACGCUCUCUCCGCGGCUCCACGAUGUCGACCAUCGGCUGGUGUGCUCGGUCCGUGUCCGUGACGAUGGCGCCAAGGAGCUCGUUGUGCGGUCGAGCGUUCUGGUGACCAACGCCUCGCCGGUUCGACUGCAGCUUCAUCUUGACGUCGGCUUUGGUGAUGGCGUUGUGCUACCGGUUCUGAUGCCAGGCGACAUGACAGCCGUGCCUGUGCAGUACGCGUACCAGGCGACGCUGCGGGUCCGUGCCCUGCUGGCGGAUGGGGCCAAGACCGAGUGGUCCCAAACGGCGCUGUCGUGGAUGGACGCGGAUGCAAGCGCUGUGACGCAGGCUGUAGAGCUCGGCAAGACGCAGGCGCAAGUGGUGGGGAUUAUCGCGCCACAGGCACAGCUGGCCUCGAUGGGCUAUCCCUACCCACACCAUGUGGUGACGUUUGCGCCGUCCAUGGUCGUGCACAACGGACUGCCGCUGUCUGUGGCUGUGUCGUUCCGCAGCGCGACGGGUGGUGAGCCAGUGGUGACGCGAGUGCUUGCGCCGGGCGAGUCUGUGCCGCUAUUGGAGGUCGAUGGCGGGGACUUUAGAUUCCGACUCUCACUCGACCAGUGCGACGACGGGCGCGAUAGCGAUGCCGAGUGGACGGCGUGGUCCGAGCUCGAGCCGCGGCUCGGCUACGUGCACGGGAGCGAGUCGAGUCUUGCCAAGGCCGUGCCGUUUGUGCCUGGAACAGAAGGCGUGUCGCGGGUGCUGGUCAAGGCCGGAGCGUGCCGGCUGCCGCUCCCGAGCGGGCCUACGCUGGAGCUGGUACAUGCCUGGAGCGUGUACGGAUGUGAAGAGAGUGUGCCAGGCGAGGCAGCCAACAACGCGAGGUCGGUGACGCAUGAUGUGGUCAUCUAUGCGCCGUACUGGAUGGCUAACGCAAGCGGAAUUCCUCUCGAGCUCGGCGAGCUGCUCCCAAACGGUGGGGUGGCCGAGGUCGAUGCAGCACUCACCAAGGAGAGCGGGGUGCGAAUGUUUGCCCCGUCGACGGUGGCGCAUCACCCGGGCGUGGUGGUGCGGCCUGUUGGGACCGAGACGUGGUCUGCAGUUUUGGACGUGUCGCGACAGUCUGUCAGCGGUGAGGCACUUGUGCUUGGCGACGGGGUCUCGCGGAUCUCGGUCAAUAUGCAAGGCGGCGCGGCGAGCGCGUGCUCGCUGACGCGUGUAGUGACGUUUGUGCCAAGGACGGUGGUGGUCAACGCGUCAGGCGUGCCGCUCUGUGUGCGGUACGGCGAUGACGGGCAGGUGUUGCGGAUCGAGCCGCAGGCGCAGGUUCCGCUCCAUGCCGCGGCCGCAGGUGCAGCCGGCGAGUUGGCGCAGCAGGCGGUGAGCUUUAGCCUCGAGGGCGGCGGGCGGUGGUCAUGGUCUCUUGGCGUUGAGGUGGAUGCGCUGGAGUCACGGGCGCCGCACCUGGUCAAGAUCAAGCGUGUACUCGACUCGCGGGUCGGCAAGCGGGUUGCGGUCCUCCAGAUCGAGAUUGCUGUGGAGGACGGGACUCGGUAUGCAGUGGUGGACAUUGUGCCACGAGCGCAGUGGCCUGUGCGCAUCUGCAACGGAACGAGCGAAAUGCUCCGUGUGCGGCAGGCGCACGUGUCGAAUGUAGUGAGCGUGCUCCCGCAUGCCGAGGCGCGAUACGCGUGGGACGAUGCGCGAGGCCCGCACGUGCUGGCGGUGAUGGUGGAGGGCGACGAGACGCCGCACACGUUUGCAAUGGAUGAGAUAUCUGCGAUUCCGCAGUUUGUUGAGCUGACGACCCGUGAUGCACAGGGGCGAGCGGCGCUGAUGACAGUAGCUGCGGUGGUGCAGGUCGACGACGACGGGCUCACGCAUGUGCUUUCGCUCCGCGACGUGUCUGCUGAUCCAGCGUCCGAGAGCAUGCGCGUCUCUGACGUUGGUGAAGCCGAGACUGAGACUGUUGGGCACGUGCACCUCUCGACGGUGGUCGUCUCGCUGGUCAACGGGCGCGGGUUAGAAGUCGGAUGUGUGACGCUCGGCGAGGUGAGCUACGCGGUGAAGACAGCCGGUGACGUGACCGAUACCGAGCUUGCUGUGGAUUGGGUCCAGGUAGAUGAUCCGGACCUGCUCGCGCGGUACCCAGUGGUCCUCGCGCCUGUGGUGGAUGCGUCUUCGCCCGGCGCCGGCGCGGCGUGGCGGGCUCAGGAGGCUCGCCGGCUACGAGUGUGGGGUGUUGGCGACGUCGGGUUGAGCCGCAAUGGCGAGACCAAGAGCAGUGCGAGCUCGAGCGAGGCCAGCAGCGAGCGCGGCGGUAAGGCACCGUUCCGGACGCUGCACAUUGUGAGCGUGUCGCGGGCGGGGAUGGCGGUCAAGUACUACGAUGUGUGGGCGGUGCGUGUGGCGCGGCUCGCGCUCCAGAUCGAUGAGCAGUGGCUGCAAGCCGGGCUUGGAUGGAUGUGGGAGUCGUUCUGGCCAGAGUCGCAGGGCCGAGCGGCUGCGGAGCAAGCUGCAGCAAGAGUGUGGGCUCACGCUGGCGAGGUCCAGGCGCCGCGGCUUGAUGUCGAUGCGUUCCACGCAGCCCGGCUGGCGUCGGCGCAGAUGUACUUUAAGUCGCUUGUGGUUCACGCGCUCGCGCUCGACGUCACAUUUGAGCAGGGCAACGAAGGCUUGCGAGUUGCAGAUGCGGAAGCCGGAGCGCAGGCCAGUUCGCGGAGCGGACAGGGUGUGACACGAAGCUCUUGGACCGACGUGGUGUACUCUGCGCUGGACAUGACGCUGCUCAACAUUGAGGCGGCGAAUCUGGAGCUGAGCAGCGUUGCAUACACUCAUAAGCUCUCCGAUCCGUCGCGACUCUCGUCCGAGGUGCUCGACGCAUACAAGGGCGAGCUGCUGCGGUCGCUGCUCUCGAUUGUAGGCGCUGUCGAGUUUCUGGGCAAUCCUGCCGGGCUUGUGACGGCGUUGCGGGAGGGGCUGUCCGACCUUGUGCAGCAGCCGCUCUCCGGGCUCGCCGUCUCGCCGGCGGCUGUGGCGCGCGGGCUCAGCCGUGGCGCACUCUCAUUCCUGAGGCACUCGUCGGUGGGCCUGUUCUCGUCAGCCAACUCGAUUGCCAACUCGCUGGCCAAGGGCCUGGCGGUGGUAGCGGCGCCGGGCGAAGCAGCGCCCGAGGGAGUGCGGGCGCGGGAGCGACUGCGGGCUGUGCAUCCGCGCGGGUUUGUGGAUGGCAUGGCGCUCGGCGCCGGGCUGUUUGCGCGCGGGAUGGUUGAGGGCGCGUCUGGGCUUGUGCGCAGCCCGCUGACUGGCUACCGCGAGGGCGGCGUAGGGGGAGCACUUCGUGGGCUCGGACACGGCGCACUGGGCACGGUUGUGCGGCCGGCGGUGGGCAUUCUGGACAUGGCGACGGCGACGUCUGCGGGAUGUCGCGUGGCGGCAUCGCGGCUGCUGUCUUCGUCAGCGUUUGUGCGGCCAGUGGUGCGGGUGCGGCUGCAGCGAGUGCUGGGCGCACAUGGUGUGGUGGCGUGUUACUCUGCUCGCGAGGCGCUCGUCCAGGCGCUGGUGUGGUCCGUGGACGGUGGGCGGCUGUGUGGCCGGCGGCCGGAUCGGAUCGUAGCGGUAGUGCAGUCGAGGGGGGAAGAGAAGGCGAACAACGAGUCGGACGUUGUCCGUGUCGUUGCUGCCACAAGCCGGCACGUUGUGGCGCUUGAUGUGCCGAGUGCGUUGCUGGAGGCCGCGGAUCCGGAGGCGUUUGCCGGCGGCUCGACUCCUGUCCGCAGUGCGACCUGGGUGGUGGCGCGACACGCCGUGGCUGGCAUCGAUCGCGACAGCGCCAACUCGGCUGUUCUUCUCCUGCACGGAAGCGGACGCGCGGCCGACGGGCUCGGGGAGCAGCGAAUUGAGUCCGAAUCGGCACUGGAACUGGAUGUGUUUGUUCGGAAGCUGCAGCAGUAA